CUUCAUCCUCAGGGGGCAACGGCGCCUGCCGUGCUGGCCAGGCUGUCGCCAGACUUCGGGCAGGUGCGGUGCUGGAACUUCCGCUCCAAGACCGGCUUCACCGCCGUCGGCUUGCGCCCGCGCGCGCGGGAGGAGCCCGAGGUGCAGACCUGCGGCGUCCUCUUCCCCGCGUCCAGCUCGAUGGACGCCUUCGACGCCAGGGAGGUGGGGUACAGGCGCGAGCAGCUCGACCCCGCUCACAUCUGA